AUGAUAAAUCGUAUAUUAAUAGGUUUAGUAGCUGCCUAUUUGUUCAAAGUUGGAAAUUGUGAUGAUGAUGUUACUACAACUAUUACUCACACAAAUUAUAUUACUCCUGACUGGUUUAUGGGAGCCAUUGAAUCAGCAUUAGCUGCAAAUCCAAGUAAUCAAAACAACGGUAUUGAAAUCAAAUUCGUUAAUGGUGAUGUCAGUGCAUCUCCAAGUGUGUCACCAACUGUGAAAACCGUGGUUUCCUCAUCAAAUGUUAAUUAUGCUGUUUCUACAGAAUCCGAAGAAUAUAAUACUGUAACAGAUUGUAAAGAUGGUAUUUGUACUACUCAUCUUAACACUGAAAAAGUUCCUUAUAUUUAUACUACUUGGGCUUACUCCCUUUUCACAACUACUAUCACUUAUGAUGAUGCUGAAACUACCAGUACUCCUACCACAGUUGUUGAUGGAGACACGACCUCCAGUUCAAAAGUCAGAUCAACUAUUUAUGAAUAUGACACUGUCACUGAUAAUUCUGAAGAGUUGAAAUUGAUUACCAAGUCUGCUCCAACAACUACUAAGACCAUUUUCAAAGCUACUGAAACUCCAAAAACUAUUUACACUCCUUCCACCAAAUAUGAAACUGUUCCAACCACCUCAAAAGAUCCUUUGGUUACUGGUUCAGUUGUUUCCAAAUCUAGAUCCAAGACUAUCAAUGAAGAUUUUUCAGAUGUUAAAACCAUUGCUAAACUUCAAUCAAGUUCAAGCUCAAACUCAAAUUCAACCUAUGUAAGUAAUUCAACUACUUCGAUUGGAUCAGAAGGUUUUUCCAGUUUAGCUGCUGCUACCACUUCAACCAUUGAUUUAAGAAUUUCAAGUACUUCUGAAUCAGCAUCAUAUGUCACUCCUAUUGCUAAAUAUCUUAAUACUACCGUAUCAAGUUCAAUGGUUUCAGAAUCAAGCUUCGAUGAAUCAUCCGCUUCUUUGAGUAUUAUGAGUUCCAGUGUUGUUACUAGUGUUUCCGGAGCCUCUAGUUCCGCUGGUGCUUCAAGUUCUUUAAGUGGAUCCAAAUCUUCUUCAGAAUCAAGUUCAAGUUCAAGUUCAAGUUCAAGUUCAAGUUCAAGCUCUAGUCCUUCAUCAAUUGCUAAGAUUCCCUCCGAUUCAUCUGCUAGUGAUUUAUUCCAAGCUAUUUCAAAGAGUUCUCCAAAUUCUCUCUUCAAAAGAGAUGAAUUACCUUUGGCACUUCCUGAAAAUGUUGAAGAUGAUAUUCCUUUACAAACCAACAAGUUCUUCACUAAUUUGAUCUUGGGUGAUCAAACUGGUAUGAUUUGGUCUUAUCCUUAUGGUAUGUUCUGGAAGACUCAAGAUUACUACGGGUUUGGUAUUCAACACACCAAUAUCUCAGAUAGAAUCUUCGGUCCAAAGAAUGAAAAUAACGACGGUGAUUCAUAUUUCUACAAUCCUACAAACAAUCCUGAAGUCUUAAUCAGUGCCACUUCUUUAACUAAAGAUGACAAUUAUAUUGGUGUUUAUGAUGCCAAGACUAUGUCUACCACCGUUAAAUUAUCUGCUUCUUCAAGCAUUGGUGACAAUUAUGUUGAAAUUCCUAUCGUUCAAGGUAUGGGAUUUGUUACUUCCAUUUACCAUGGUAGUAUGACUCCAUUAAUCAACACUUUAAUUGGUUUCUCCGAUUUAUCACAAGAAAAGUCCGAUGCUUUACUGAAAAACAUCUUGAAAUAUAGAGCUACCUUAUUUACUGGUGUUCAAUAUCUUAUUUACGUUUAUGUUCCAAAUGGUGAAUCAUUCGAUUUAUCUGCUAAAGAUUCUUUCAAUCUUAAGGGUUCUAAAGCUGUUGAUGGAUUGAUCAUCCAAUAUGCUGUUGCUCCUACUUCAGGUAAUGACGGUUAUUAUGAUGAAGCUGCUGGUGCUUAUGCUGUAUCAGCUUCAUUAUCUGGUUCAUCUUCAGGUUCAUCAGCUACUUAUUCUUUCAAUUAUGAUGUUAAAGGUACUUCAUCUUCAGGUAAUACCAUGGUUUUUGCUUUACCUCAUCAUGUUGCUUCUAUCUCAGGUGAUUCUGCUUCAGCUAAAACCCCAAUUACUUUGUAUUCCACCACUAAAGGUAAAAUGACUGGUUUCUUAUCAAAUACUUUAACCAUGUCAGAAUCUAUCAAUUCAAACGUUGAUUUCUUACCAUGGGCUCCUGUCAUGUCUAAGGAUUUAAGUUACACCAAAGAUCAAUUGAAAUUAAUUGCUUCAACUGCUCAAGAUGAAUUGAAUGUCGAUAUUAAACUGACUGUUGCCGGUAUGAACUCCAAUUAUUUUUCAGGUAAAGUUAUUGAUAAGUACGCCAAUAUUUUAUUAGUCGUCCAUGAUAUUUUGGGUGACAAAGAUUUUGCUGAAGAUAUCUUAAGUGAUAUGAAAGAUGCUUUCAGUACUUUCACUAAAAACGAGCAAUAUUAUCCUUUGAUGUACGAUACUAGAUACAAAGGUAUUACUUCAACUGCUUCUCAGGGUGGUGAUACUGGUUUAGAUUAUGGUAGUGCUUAUUAUAAUGAUCAUCAUUUCCAUUAUGGUUACUUUGUUCAUGCUGCUGCCGUUGUUGGUUACGUUGAUAAAGAACUUGGUGGUUCAUGGGCUGAUGAUAAUAAAGAAUGGGUUAAUUCCUUGGUUAGAGAUGUUGCCAAUCCAAGUGAAGAUGAUGGAUAUUUCCCCGUUUCAAGAAUGUUUGAUUGGUUUGCUGGUCACUCAUGGGCUGCUGGUUUAUUCGCUUCUAAUGAUGGACGUAAUGAAGAAAGUUCAAGUGAAGAUUAUCACUUCUCUUAUGGUAUGAAAUUAUGGGGUAAAGUCAUUGGUGAUGAUUCUAUGGAGGCCAGAGGUGAUUUAAUGUUAGCUGUAAUGAACAGAGCUAUGAACGAUUAUUUCUACUUCAGUGAUGAUAAUGAUAUUGUUCCUGAUGAAAUUAAACCAAAUAAAGUCACUGGUAUUCUUUUUGAUAACAAAAUUGCUUUCACAACUUAUUUCGGUGAUGCCGAUACUUAUCCACAAUAUGUCCAUGGUAUCCAUAUGAUUCCAAUGACUGCUGCUGCUGCCUUAAUCAGAGGUACUGAAUACGUUAAACAAGAAUGGAAUGAAAAUAUCACCAAAUUCGUCAGUAAAUUGACAGAUGGUUGGGCCGGUAUUCUCAGAUUGAACCAAGCUUUGUUUGAUCCUGAAUCAUCUUAUGAUUUCUUCUCAUCAGAUGAUUUUAAAUCAACUUACUUGGAUAAUGGUCAAAGUAGAACUUGGUCUUUAGCCUUCUCUGGUGGUCUUUCUAACAGUGUUUAG